AUGUUCGAAUGCUGUUCUUACCAGCUCCAGCAGGAGCUUGCACUAACCGAGCAACACCCUAGCGAAAGCAGACGCAAACGAUGGAGAGAACUCAAUGAAAUCCUCGCUAACAAGAGAGCAAAGAAAUCUGCUGAUAAAGAGUCAUCAGUAUACCCGAGCAUCGCCUGGGCUGACGUGAAGGAGGUCUUCCAACCCUUUACCAAGUAUUGUCAAGAAACCUUGCCACUCCCUGAUGAUUUAAUUAACUUGUUGUAUAAAUACACCUCUCUCGCUGUUAACUGUCUUGGUGUCAUCUCGACGGGAAAAGAAGCGAAGCGACUGCACUUUAUCGCACCUGUUCUCAUACUCGUAUGCUGCAAGCUGGACAAUGUGGAAAUCCUUGUUGAAGAAGAUAUGGAUGGCAAGAACGUUCAGGUCAAUGGCAGGUUCGAGUUUAUCAUCCAGCGUGGCGGCAAACGCGUUUGCAUUGUCGAAGCAAAGAAGGAUGACAUCGAGCAGGGUAUGGCACAGGAUUUGCUGGGCUGCGAAGCGGUUGCGGAUAUAGAGCGCUUGAAUUGUGUAUACGGCAUUGUUACAAACUACAAAGAAUGGAUAUUCUUGCGAAGUCUCAACAAUCGAAUUGAGCUUGAAGAGGCGACUAUAACGUUUGAUGACAAUAUGCCAACACGAAAGUCUUUGGCUAGGAUUGCUGGCAAGAUUAAUGCAAUGCUCUCUGGAGAGCUGGACGAGGAAUAA